CCCGUGAAAAUUUUGUUUUUAGUGUGUCGCGCACCAUCGACUGCGAUCGUCGCGUUCCGGUUAGAGAGCUCCCGGAUUCGAAAACCCAGUGCAUUCAUAGAGCGCGCCGAACGCGGGAGAUCUAGUGGCCUUUGAAAAGGACGAUCCGCGGCCGCCUGUGAAACUAGUCAACUCGAAUAACGUGGUCAAAGUGUGCUGUGCGUGUGUGUUUCGCCGGCCUUUUAAACACCAAGGACGGGAUAUUUCGAGGGGAGGAAAAAAAUCAGGACGUGAUGAUUUUAUGACGCCCCUGAGAGUCUAAGAAGUCUUCGCCAUGGAGGAGGACGAGGACGAAACCACUUCCAGAACGGCCUCGACGGUCACGCUCACUCAACACUCCAUCUCUCGCACCUCCACCUCGACUUUCGUUUCGGAAGGCACCCAACCGCAAUGCCAGAUCAUCACUCAGCAGGCCAGCGGCGACUCUCUCGAAAGCGAGGAGUCCUCGAUCUCGCAACGAGUCUCUCCCAGGUACUCCCUCCUGUCAAAAUCGCCACAUUCUAGUUCGUCUCAAGAGGACUACGAACCCGACCCCAAGCAAGCCAACAAGGGACAGUUCCUCUCGGCAGUCCGCACAGAAACGGCCAGGAGCAUGGAAAGUCUGCGGACCUCGAGCAAGUCUUUCUUGUCCACCAGCGAGCGGGACAUGAGAAGGGUUUUCUCAGAGAGCGUAGAAACUAAAUCUUUAGACAGCUUGGAGAGGGAGAUGAGGCUGAAAAGGCACGCGGUCAGCGGCGAAGGCUCGACUUUGACGUCUUCGGGGUCGAUGCUGAGUUCAGACGAAACUAUCAACGCGGAGAAGAGAAGAGGCUUGUGGUCGGGGAAGAUGCGGGCGCCAAGUCACCUGAGUCUGCCACCUCCAGCGGGGUAUCUCAAUUUGAGUCCUGGUGAUCGAAAACUGACAAUACUGUCUCCACAUUCGCCGCAUAGAAUGCCGGAUUUGAUGCAUUUGUCGCAGGCCACGUUGAAGACUAGGAGGAAGAAGGCAAUGGUGUUACCGAGGUUGGUCUUGCCGAGAAGCGAUUCGGACAUCAGCGAGGUCUUUUCGGAGCACAGUUUAGAGAACAUGUCCAUAUCCGCAAGUGACGCUAGAUAUUACCGGAGGUUCUUAAGUUUCGACGUUGAAAAUGGGGCGAGUCCCGGGAGGAGUCCUCUCGACGGGGCAGCAUCCCCCUCAGCCGGUUUGGUCCUCCAAAAUCUCCCACAAAGGAGGGAGAGCUUCUUGUACAGAUCCGAUAGCGACUUCGAGAUGUCUCCGAAAUCUAUGUCUAGGAACUCGUCGAUCGCGAGCGAAAGAUUCAAGGAGACAGAAAACAUAUUGGAAAGAUCUCAUGGAGAAGAUCUUAUUGUCACACCGUUCGCACAAGUUCUUGCCAGUUUGCGCAGCGUACGCAACAAUUUCCAAUGUCUUACCAACGUGCCCACCAACAAGUCUCGCCGUUCUUCAGGAGCAGCGACAUCCGCCACCCCGCAACCAAGAAAUCUCGCUCCUGGAGAUGAAGCAUACAUGAAAAUGGCGAUGGAAACAAUGGAAGAGCUCGACUGGUGUCUGGAUCAGCUCGAGACCAUCCAAACCCAUAGGUCCGUCUCCGACAUGGCGUCGCUUAAGUUCAAACGGAUGCUGAACAAGGAACUAUCACACUUCUCCGAGUCCAGCAAGUCCGGAAAUCAAAUCUCGGAGUACAUCUGUUCGACCUUUCUCGAUAAACAGCAAGAGUUGGACAUUCCGUCGCUCCGUGUCGAUGAAGGCGCCGAACCCCCCACGAAGGGCGGCACGCAGCGGAAGGAGCGCCCCCGAGCGCCGUACAGCACCAUGUCCCAGAUAUCGGGGGUGAAUAGAAAGCCUUUGUGUCACACCAACUCGUUUACCGGCGAACGUUUGCCGCUGCACGGCGUCGAAACGCCCUACGAAGACGAGCUCGGCAGAUCCCUGGCCGAGAUAGAUCGGUGGGGCAUCGAUAUAUUCCGAAUCGGCGAACUCAGCAACGGACGACCCCUCACUUGCGUGGCUUAUACGACUUUCUCGUCGCGGGAACUCCUCAAAACAUUGAUGAUCCCGCCGAAGACGUUCAUAACGUUCAUGAUGACGCUGGAAGAUCACUACGUCAAGGACAAUCCGUUUCACAACUCGUUGCACGCGGCCGACGUGACGCAGAGCACGCACGUGCUGUUGAACACGCCGGCUCUGGAGUCCGUCUUCACUCCGUUGGAAGUGACGGCGGCCCUCUUCGCCGCGUGCAUCCACGACGUGGAUCAUCCCGGACUGACCAAUCAGUUUCUUAUCAAUUCGAGUUCGGAGUUGGCGCUAAUGUAUAACGACGAGAGCGUUCUAGAGAACCACCACCUCGCGGUGGCGUUCAAGCUGCUGCAGAACGAGGGCUGCGAUAUUUUCAUCAACAUGAGCAAGAAGCAGCGCCAGACGUUGCGGAAGAUGGUGAUAGAUAUGGUGCUGAGCACCGACAUGUCGAAACACAUGAGUCUGCUGGCGGAUCUAAAGACAAUGGUCGAGACGAAGAAGGUGGCCGGUUCUGGUGUGCUGUUGCUGGACAACUACACGGACCGGAUCCAAGUAUUAGAGAAUCUGGUGCACUGCGCCGACCUGAGCAACCCGACGAAGCCGUUGACGUUGUACAAGCGCUGGGUGGAUCUGCUGAUGGAGGAAUUCUUUCAGCAGGGCGACAAAGAGCGCGAGGCCAAGAUGGACAUCAGCCCGAUGUGUGACCGACACUCGGCAACGGUCGAGAAGUCCCAGGUCGGCUUCAUCGACUACAUCGUCCAUCCGCUGUGGGAGACGUGGGCCGACCUAGUGCAUCCCGACGCCCAAGACAUCCUGGACACCUUAGAGGAGAACCGCGACUGGUACCAGAGCGCCAUCCCUCCCAGCCCGCCGGCCGAAGACGUGCCCGAUCAGCAACGGCCCGGCAUCCGCUUUCAGGUGACCCUCGAAGAGGGCGAAGGCGAAGCCGAGGCGGAGGCUCCGAUGUGACGGAGGCUGCUGGGCCUCUGUCGAAAGCUGACCGAGAAGGUGCAGCAGUGGUGGCGCGUUCGGCAGUGAGGAUGCGGGCGUCCUCCCCUCUGUCGGCCACCCCGCGCUGGCGCGGCGUUUGUUAUGUUUGCAUCGCUUUUGACUGAAUCUCCGGGCUCGCGCGCAGCCUGUCCCCGCAAGUUCCUGGGAGUGUACAUUAUGUUUAAGUCAUUACUCGUUCUUUCUUUCCUGUUUUUUUUUUGUUUUCCUUUCCUUUUAUUUUUCGUUUCUUUCUGCCUUUCCACGACCCUCGUCAUGCCUUACGUAGGAAGACACAGCCCCUACUGAUUAUACAUCUGUAUAUAUUUCAUAAUGUCUGUCGGUGUAAUACUCAGCCCCAUCUAUGUAUAGGUACUAUGUGUCAUGUCAGCUAUGUUACACAAAAGUAAAGCUCUCUCCAUUUUAAAA